AUGUGGGGGGCCGCGGUGUCAAAUCCACCUCAUUACCACUAUGUUCAAGGACCUACCGGUCCAAUGCCACAAGUUGGACCAAGUGGGCCCAUAUUGGCUGGUCCAAAUACGAGAUAUUUAAAACCACAAUCAUCGUAUUCUCUUCCUCACGGUAGUAAUGGGCCGGGUCGUUGGGGUUGGUCAGGCAAUCAUAUCUCGUCCUUCGAUAGACGACAGCUGAAGGUGCCUCCACAACCCGCACGCCCUGCUCCCGUUCGACCGUCGCAAAGUCGUAACGCUGGAACCAAUAAGGUCGACCCCGAGCUGAUCUUCACAAAACAGGAGAAGAUCGGCAAAGGCUCUUUUGGUGAAGUGUUCAAGGGUGUCGAUAACAGGACCCAACAAGUAGUCGCCAUUAAGAUAAUUGAUUUAGAAGAAGCUGAAGAUGAAAUUGAGGACAUCCAGCAGGAGAUUAUGGUGCUGUCGCAAUGUGACAGCCCAUACGUCACUAAAUAUUACGGAUCAUACUUGAAGGGAACAAAACUAUGGAUCAUAAUGGAGUACCUGGGUGGCGGGUCGGCGUUGGACCUGAUGAAAGCUGGCAGUUUUGAAGAAAUGCACAUAGCUGUAAUACUCCGAGAGGUAUUACGAGGUCUCGACUACCUGCACUCGGAAAGAAAACUGCACAGGGAUAUCAAGGCUGCUAAUGUACUGCUUAGCGAAAUGGGCGACGUAAAGCUAGCUGACUUCGGUGUAGCGGGUCAAUUGACGAACACAACCAGCAAAAGGAACACAUUUGUCGGCACUCCAUUCUGGAUGGCACCCGAAGUGAUUAAACAGUCGUGUUACGACAGCAAAGCGGAUAUCUGGUCAUUGGGCAUCACAGCUAUUGAACUAGCGAAGGGUGAACCGCCCAACUCCGAACUACAUCCCAUGAGGGUGCUCUUCCUCAUCCCCAAGAAUAACCCUCCUCAACUCACGGGUAGUUACUCAAAACCAUUCAAAGAGUUCGUUGAGGCGUGCUUGAAUAAGGAUCCAGAAAAUAGACCAACUGCUAAGGAGUUACUAAAGUUCCAGUUCAUCAGGAAGGCAAAGAAGAAUUCUUAUCUAAUGGAUCUUAUAGAUAGGUAUAAGAAAUGGAAGGCUCAGCGGAGCGAGGAAAGCGAAACCGAGUCGGAGAAUUCAGAUUCUGAAGAAUGCCGGAGCGGUGACGGUGAGGCGGACGAGCCCUGGAUCAUGACGGUGCGGGGUGGGGCCGCCGCGCGCGCUCUCCAGCAUGACAACAAUCGCAGGCACCAUCAAGAUGAUACUGUGCCUUCGCCGACGGCGGUGGUGAGCAGCGCGGCGGUGGGCGCGGGGCGCACCAACGGCGCGGCGCGGCCCAGCGCCGCCGACGUGCCCGACGUGCCGCCCGCGCUGCCGCCCAUCGCCAACAACAACAACACGGACAAGCACCCCGCGCGCCAGUCUCCCGCGGCGACGACGGCUCCGGAGGUGCGCGCCGGUGGCAAAGAGCGCGACCGUGAACGUGCCGAGCGCGACGAGCGCAACGAGCGUAACGAGCGCAACGAGCGUAACGAGCGCAAUGAGCGCAAGGAGCGUCACGAACACGCCGCCACCAACCGGGACUCCGUAGUUUAUAAUAAAAACGCGGCACCCCUAGACCACAGAGGAACUAACAGCGAAGAGAACAAAGCUAGGAGACACCCGUAUCUGCAACAGCUUAUUUAUCCACUUCUCAAUGAGCUGUCCCGCAAGCACGGGUCGGGCAGCGCGGCCGCCAUCGACGAGCUGCGGCGCGCCUUCGAGCACGCCGAGCGCGCCGCGCCGCACCUCACGCGCGCCUUCGUGCAGCAGGUGGUCCAGAGGGUAGCGUCGCAGUCCCCGUCACACAACACGUCGCAGCAGCAGUGGACGAGGGACCUAUAA